UUUCAUUUCAUUUUAUCUUGAACUUUCCUCUGGGAAAACCCAUUUUAUAAAAGAAACAAACUAUGAACUAUACAGAGUAUCUCUCUCAUCAAUACAGUAUUCCUGUCUGGCCAUCAUCCGUUAUUCCUUCUCCUGUUUACACUCCUCCUGCUUCUGUAUCAUCACCAUCUCUUUUUUCUGACGAGUUAGACGACAUGUACAGCUUUAAUCAAGGUUCCACUACCUCAACUCAACCUGAAUACCCAUCUCCAUUAUUCUCUCCUAUUCCUUCUGCCUUGGAGACCAAUGACAUGAGUCAUGUUGCUGCUGCGUCGUCGUAUGCCCCACCGCCUUCCAUGUUUUAUCCUCUACCUGGCAGUAUGGACAAGGAGUUUCAACACCAAUCGUCGUGCCUGUACCAUAACGCUCCGUCUCUACCACCACAAUAUCCUUUGGCUUAUCAAUACACUGGCAAUUUAGAACCCGCCACCACUCAGUCUGAAAUAUUUUAUAAUCAGUCCUAUCAGGCGUACUCCGCGCCUCUGCAGCAGACUGCAGGCACCACGGUUCCACUAACGCAAGAAGCCAUGCCACCAUCAAAACCUGCCUCUUCCAAGCGCAAAUCAUUGACAUGCCAUUACGAAGGAUGUAACAAGACGUUUACUCGCCACUACAACCUUGUUUCACAUAUGCGAACGCACACAUCUGAGAGACCUUUUCUAUGCCCGGACCCUUCUUGCGGAAAAGCAUUUGCACGUCCGCACGAUCGUAAUCGACAUGCUAAGCUUCACCUUGGUAUCAAGCCUCAUGUCUGCACGAACUGUCGGAAACGCUUUGCCAGAGCUGAUGCAUUAAGUCGUCAUUUGAAGGUGAAGAAUGGUUGUACGCAACGAUACGACUGAGACUCCCACCCCCCUCCCAUACCAAAUCAUUCUGUCAGUGCCAUCAUCACUACUCUGUAACUAUAGUCAUUUCUGCCUUACGCUCAUUUGUAUAUACCUCUAUGUCCUCUUCGUGUAGACCCCCCCAUCAUCUUUUGUU